UCAUUUCAAAAAAAAUAAAUCAUAGAAAAACACUAGUUUUUACUAAAGGGGAGUUUAUUAUCCCUCCAUUACCCAACAACAAAUAAAGCAUUUUCCUUUCUUAAAAUUCUUGCUUUUUAAAGCUCACCCUCCAUAAUUCCCACUCAUUAUCUUUUCUCCUCAAAGCUUCCUCACUUCCUUAUCUCCUCACUUUCUCUCUCUAUCCCUAUCCCUCUUUCUCUCUCUUCCUAAUGCUAUUUCUACAUCACCCCCAAUUCUCAAACAUAAAUAAGCUUAAUAUAGAGAGAGAAAGUGAAAUAUGAGAUAUAUAAUCUUGGAGAUCCCUUAAGUCCCACAAUAGCCCAAGAAUUAUACUAUAAACCCUUCUUUUUCUUCCUUAUCUAAUUGUUUUUAUAAUAUAUAUAUUUUGGGUAUAUAUUGUAUUAAUUCCAACAAAAUAUAUAUAGUGGGAAUUAAAUUUAUUUUUUUAAAAAAGAGUGGGAAUUAUGGAUGGAGAUCAUCAUCAUCAUCAGCAUCACCAUCACCAUGAAUUUCACAAUCACCACCGUCCUAAUUUCCCUUUCCAACUCUUGGAAAAGAAGGAAGAAGAAGCAUGUUCAAGUUCAACCCCAUUUAAUUCUUCCUUAGCCAUAGUACCCACUGGGUCGGAAGGCCUGAGCCCGAGCCCAACCCCAUCAACUUCAAUUGGAGUUACACAAACACAACCCCAAGGUGGAGGAGAAUCCGCUUCUGGGGCCGUUAAAAAACCGGCCCCAAAACGAACCUCCACAAAAGACCGACACACAAAAGUAGACGGGCGGGGUCGGAGGAUCCGAAUGCCCGCCUUAUGUGCGGCCCGGGUCUUCCAACUUACAAGAGAAUUAGGACAUAAAUCUGAUGGAGAAACCAUUGAAUGGCUACUUCAACAAGCCGAACCCGCAGUAAUUGCUGCAACGGGUACGGGUACCAUACCCGCAAAUUUUACAUCAUUAAAUAUAUCUCUUCGGAGCUCCGGAUCUUCUCUUUCGGUUCCGUCACAGUUAAGAUCCGCUUCAUCGUAUUUUAGCCCGAAUUUCACAACUUCAGCCUCUGCUUCACGUCGUAAUUUCUUCGCCGGAAUUGGGCUUUCUUCCGAUACUUCUCCGUCAUCCGCUUUACUCAAUUUUCAGACGGCUACUUUGAAUUUAAACCCGGGUUUGCUACAAGCAAAACAGGAAUGUACGACACCUACUAAUAAUAGUAAUACCAAUCAAAUCAAUAAUACUAAUAAUAGCUCGCUAGAUCUUUCGAAUGAGGGGGAGGAAGAAGGAGGAGUUCGAAAACGACGGUUAGAAGGCGAAUAUGGCGGGUCGGGCGGGUCGUAUGGGCAAAUUCCGGCAACGAACUUUUGGAUGGUGGCGAAUAGUGGAAAUCAUCAAGGUGGUGCUGUAAUGAGUGGAGACCCAAUUUGGACAAUUCCAUCAGUUAAUAAUAGUGCUACUGCUGGGUUGUAUAGAGGUACUGUUCCUAGUGGGUUACACUUCAUGAAUUUUGCUACACCAAUGACAUUAUUGCCAAGUCAACAAUUGGGUCCCACUAUGGGUUUAGGGCAAAGUGGUGGUGGAGGUGGAGGUGGUGGUGCGGGUGGUCAUAAUUUGAGUUCGGGUGAACAGGCUCAUCAACAUCUUGGUCCGCUUACUGGACUUAAUCCUUAUCGAAAUAUUUCUGGGAGUGGGAUCUCGGACUCUCAAGCGAGUGGAUCCCACUCCCAUCAUGGAGAUGACCGACACGAUACAACGAGUCACAGUCAUCAUUCUUAAGGAAUGUAAGCAUGGAUAAAUUUUUAGGGGUUUUAAUUAUUUUUGAUGCUAAAAUGCUUGGUUUGAGUAUAUUAAUCAACAUACAACCAUUGCUUGGGAAGCAAA